AUGCAAUAACAAUAUUCAAAAUAAGAAAAUUCAAGAGAUUUUGAAGAAUUUCAUAAUAUUGAAGAGUUCAAAGAAUUAUUUCUUUUAAAUUCAAUAAAUGAUGGAUCAAGUUUUUAAAAAGUUUUGAAAUUGGGAGGUGAUUAAGGGUUGGCAAAAAAAUUAAAAUCGCAUCUAUUAGUAGAAUUGAAUAUUAAUUUAAAUAGAAAGGAAUAGAUUCUGAAGCUUAAGUUCAAGAGAAUCGAGAGAAAUUUGGAAAUAAUGAUCCAAUAGAAAAGGAGCCUGCAUCAUUAUGUGAAUUAAUUUUAGAAUGUUUUGGAGAUACAAUGUUAUAAAUUCUGUUGGUAGCUGCUCUAAUAAGCACUAUAAUUGGGAUUAUAAAUGAAGGUAUAAAAACAGGAUGGACAGAGGGGUAUAUCUAUAAUUAUAUAUCUAGAGCAACAAUAUUUUUAGCUGUUUUUUUAAUUGUAUCAAUAACAGCUGGUAAUAAUUAUUUAAAAGAGAGAUAAUUUUAAUAAUUAAGACGUAAAUUGGAUGAUGGAAUGGUAUAAGUAGUUAGGGGGGGAAUAGUUGAAAUAUCUAUAAAAGAAAUUGUUGUAGGCGAUAUAUUACAAUUUGGUAUUGGAGACAUUUUUCAAGUUGAUGGUAUUUGAUUAAAUAUAAAUAUAGGUUUAAUGAUAUAGGGUUCAUAGAUAAAAGUAGAUGAAUCUCCUAUGACUGGAGAAUCUGAUGAAAUAAAAAAAUUACCAUUCAAUGAAAUGAGUCAAUAAUAAUAGAGUAGCAAAGAUCAUCAUCAUUUUAGUCCAUUUUUAAUCAGUGGUACUAGAUGUUUAGAUGGAAAUGGAUAUAUGUUAGUAUUAUAAGUAGGAUAAAAUACAGUAUAAGGAUAAUUAAAAUAAUUAUUAAAUUAAGACAAUCCCCCUACACCUCUUUAAUAAAAAUUAGAAGGAGUUGCUGAAAAUAUAGGAAAAUUGGGUACUUUAGUAGCAAUAUUAACAUUUAUUGCUUUAAUGGGACAUUUAAUUUAUGAUGUAUUUAUAGAUCAUAAACAUGAAUUCUUUACAUUGUUAUCUUUAUAAUUAAUAAUUGAAGCUUUUAUGAUUGGAGUAACAAUAAUAGUUGUGGCUGUUCCAGAAGGUUUGCCAUUAGCAGUAACAAUAGCAUUAGCAUAUUCAGUUGGGAAAAUGAAAGAUGAAUAAAAUUUAGUAAAGAAUUUAGCAUCAUGUGAAAUUAUGGGUGGUGCAAAUAAUAUAUGUAGUGAUAAAACAGGAACAUUAACAUAAAAUAUUAUGUAAGUUACUGCAUUAUGGAUUGAAAAUCAUACUUACAAUAAUUAAGAAAUUAAUAUAACAUCAAAGAUUUCAAAAUAAUCUAUUGAGAUUAUGUCUGAAUCAAUAUGUUAUAAUUCUAUAGCAAAUCCAACUAAAGAUAGAGAUACUAAUAGAUGGAUAUAAAUUGGGAAUAAAACUGAAUGUGCUUUAAUUGAAUUAGCUGAUAAUUUUGGAUAUAAAUAUUCAAAUUUUAGAUAAAAUGAUAAAAUUCUAAGAUAAAUUCCUUUUAGUAGUAAAAGAAAGAAGAUGGUUACUGCUAUUUUAAAUCCUAAAAAUUAAACUAUUAGAAUAUUUAGUAAAGGAGCUUCUGAAAUUAUUUUAGCAUAAUGUUUUAGAUAUAUUUCAACUAAUGGUACAGAAUUAGUUCUUGAUAAAGUGAAAAAAGAUGAAAUUUUGCAUAAUGUUAUUGAAAAUUUUGCAUCUCGCUCUCUCAGAACUAUAGCAAUUGCUUAUAAAGAUUUAGAACCUUAAAGUUAAGCUAUAAAGGGAUUUGUAAAUGCAAAAGCAAAUGUACAUUAAAUAAAUGAAGAUGAAAUUGAUAAAGAUUUAACUUUAAUUGCAAUAGCAGGUAUCAAAGAUCCAAUUAGACCUGAUGUUGCUGAUUCGAUAAGAUAAUGUACUAAAUCUGGAGUGACUGUUAGAAUGGUUACAGGAGAUAAUAUAAUUACAGCAUAGUCUAUUGCUCUUGAAUGUGGGAUUUUGGAGAAGAAUAGGGCAUAAUAAGAAUUUGAAGUAAUUGAAGGCAAAAAGUUUAGAGAUUUAGUAGGAGGAUUAAUUAGUGCUAAGAAUGAAGAUGGGAAUGAAAUAAAAGUAGUUAAAAAUAUGUAGAUCUUCUCAAAGAUAAGUAGAGAAAUGAAGGUAAUGGCUAGAGCAUCACCAGAAGAUAAAUAUUUAUUGGUUACAGGUUUGAUUUAAGAAGGUAAUGUUGUUGCAGUUACAGGAGAUGGAACAAAUGAUGCUCCUGCUUUAAAAAAGGCUGAUGUUGGAUUUGCAAUGGGAAUUACUGGAUCAGAUGUAGCAAAAGAUGCUGCUGAUAUAAUUUUAAUAGAUGAUAAUUUUAGUUCAAUUAUUACAGGUAUAAUUUAUUAUAAUAUAUAUAAUAGCUAUGAAAUGGGGUAGAAAUAUUUAUGAUUGUAUAAGAAAAUUCAUUUAAUUUUAAUUGACAGUCAAUCUUGUUGCAUUAUUCAUGUCAUUUACAGGUGCUGUAAUUUUAAAAUAAUCUCCACUUAAUGCAAUUGAAAUGCUUUGGGUUAAUUUGAUUAUGGAUACUUUUGCUUCUUUAGCUUUAGCUACAGAACCACCAUCUAUUAAAGUUUUAGAUAGAUAGCCAUAUAAAAGGACAGAUUAGAUUGUAUCACCAAAAAUGUAUAGAACAAUUGUAGGUGCAAGUUUGUAUCAAAUAAUUGUUCUUACAUUUAUAUUAUUUUUAUUACCAAAAUUUAUUGAUUGUUCUAUACCUGAAGAAUUGAUUGGAUAAAAAGUAAUAAUUUUAUUUAUAUCUAUAAAAGUAUCCAAAGAAUGUAGUACAAAUGAGUAUCUUCUUUUAAGCAUUUGUGUUAAUGUAAGUAUUUAAUUCAAUUUCUUGUCGAUAAUUAGAUUAUCACACUAAGAAUCCUUUUGCUAAUUUUUGUAAUAAUCCUUUAUUUUGGAUAGUUUAAACUAUAACAGUAAUUGUAUAGAUUUUACUAAUUUAAUAUGGAGGAAAAUAUGUAAAAGUAUCUCAUUUAACAUUAUUUUAACAUUUAUUAUGUGUUGGUUUUGGUAUAGGUGGAAUGAUAUUUUCUGUGUUAUUUAAAUUUAUUCCAGAAGAAUUAUGCUAGAAAAUUCAUCUCUUUAGAGAAGAAGAAAUUAAGACUGAAAAGAUGGAUGAUACAUUAACAAGUAAAUUAAGAAGAAAAUCAACUAUGCGUUUACAUACUAGUUAAAGAAGUAAACAUGAUAUUGGCAGUUUGAAUAAAAUGAGUUCAGAUAAAAUUUGA